AUAAUGAUUGGUCAUUCAGAUGGGUUGACAAAAAAUCAAGUCAAAUAUUAUUUAAUUUUGCAAAUCCAGGAUUGAGAUUACCAAGCUGUAAAAUAUUAGCUGGCUUUGAUGGGUGGAAAAACAUUAAUAAGCAGGAAAUUUUAGCAUCACAAAAUCAAGCAGCAAGAGAUUUUAAAGAAUCAUCUAGUUUAGUUGUUUCAUCUGAAAAGGCAAUUCAAAUCAUUUUUUCCUUAAACAGAUCAGUUUACUUUAUGGCAGAGUUACAUGAUGAACAAAAGUUUAAACAUAACAAAUAUUUUGCACUUCUUCUUCCAUGUGCUAUUUGCUGGAAUUCUCAUUACCACUGCUACUCCAGUUUGUUGAGAGUUAAGUUUGCUUUAAAGUUGCUUGUUUCAAAAUAUGCUCCUAGUGAAUUUGAAGCAGAUGAUAAUUAUACAGGGAAUGAUGAGAAUGAUAGAGAAUUGCCACUUGAAACCUGUAGAAUAAUUGCUAAUAAAGAUUGGUGGAGGGAUAUUAAAAAAUUAGAAAAGCUUUUGUGGUACACUCAACAAAUUACAAACAGACAGAUAAUGCUGGUCUUCAUGAUGUACUACAUUGUUUGCCUAUUUUUACAAGACGUGGAAAGAAUAUCCUGA